UCAAUUUUUUCCCGCAAAGGUCGCCGGCACCCGUCUUGUAUAAAAGCCGGGCAGCGCCUGGAGUAGGCACUUAGUCGUCUGGUUCCCUUUGUUGGAGCCACUCCCAACACCCUCUUCUCUCCUCACUACGAUGGUGCCCAUGAAGACCGUGGUGCUGGCGGCGCUGCUGAUGGCAUGCGCCCUGUGUGUCCUGGCUGACGACCAAGAUGGCAACGGGGGCGGCGGGUCGGCGGCUACGCUGGACAGGUCCAAGAAGCACUCGGUGUACCCUGCUCUGCGUGCUGCAGCGUACCCCGCGGCCGCCGCGGCCGCUGCCGCUGCCGGGUGGCCGUCCAACCCCUACGCCGGCGCCUACAACCCGUACACCACCGCCACCUACAACCCGUACGGUGUGAACCCCUACGCCGCCGCUGCCAACCCCUACGCCGCCGUCAACCCGUACGCCGCAGGAGCAGUCAACCCUUACGCAGCCGGCGCCGUCAACCCGUACGCUGCCGGUGCAGUCAACCCGUACGCCAGCGGCGCCGUCAACCCGUACGCCGCCGGCGCUGUGAACCCCUACGCUGCUGGCGCAGUCAACCCUUACGCCGCCGGUGCGGUCAACCCUUACGCCGCGGGCGCCGUCAACCCAGCCUACGCCGCGGGCGCCGCGUACAACCCGUACGGGGUGACGCCCGCCGGCGCGCACGCCGCCUACCCCUACGCGCCGUACGCCCGCAACGCGGCGGGCGCCGGCGGCGUCCUGCCACCCGGCCUGGCCGUCCCCGGGGCGUCCCUGCACGGCGUCGGCGCGGGCGUACCCCAAGUGCCCGGCGUCCACGUGCCGGCCAGCCCCUACUACGGCUGAGGGUGCACGUCGUGUGGCAGCCAGCAGCGCCGCCUACGGCGCCCGGUUCAACCAUGUGGUCCAAUAAACAGCGAUUGAGG